AUGGCCGCCGUCAACAACCAGGAGAUGGACUAUGCCAUCAAGCCCGAGGCGGUCACCCCGACCGUCUCCACGGAAGACUGGCCUCUUCUGCUGAAGAACUACGAGAAGUUGCUCGUCCGCACCGGCCACUUCACUCCGAUCCCUGCGGGUUCUUCGCCUCUGAAACGUGACCUCAAGUCCUACAUCAGCUCCGGUGUUAUUAACCUGGACAAGCCCUCCAACCCGUCCAGCCACGAGGUUGUGGCUUGGAUGAAGCGGAUCCUCAGAUCCGAAAAGACUGGUCACUCCGGAACCCUUGAUCCCAAGGUCACUGGCUGUCUGAUUGUCUGCAUUGACCGUGCCACCCGUCUGGUCAAGUCUCAGCAGGGUGCCGGUAAGGAGUACGUUUGUGUUAUCCGCCUUCACGACAAGAUCCCUGGUGGCGAGGCCCAGUUCGCUCGCGCCCUGGAGACCCUCACUGGUGCUCUCUUCCAGCGCCCUCCCCUGAUCUCCGCCGUCAAGCGUCAGCUCCGUAUCCGUACCAUCCACGAGAGCAAGCUCUACGAGUUUGACAAUGACCGCCACCUCGGUGUAUUCUGGGUCAGCUGUGAGGCUGGUACCUACAUUCGUACUCUCUGUGUUCACCUGGGUCUACUCCUGGGUGUUGGUGCUCACAUGCAGGAGCUGCGCCGUGUUCGUUCCGGAGCCAUGAACGAGGAGAGCGGCAUGGUCACCCUCCACGAUGUUAUGGAUGCCCAGUGGGUGUACGACAACACUCGCGACGAGUCUUACCUGCGCAAGGUCAUCCGUCCCCUUGAGAGCCUGCUCACUACCUACAAGCGUGUCGUUGUUAAGGACAGUGCCGUCAACGCCAUUACCUACGGUGCUAAGCUGAUGAUUCCUGGUCUUCUCCGCUACGAGGCCGGUAUUGAGGUUGGCGAGGAGGUUGUCAUGAUGACCACCAAGGGUGAGGCCAUUGCCAUUGGUAUCGCCCAGAUGUCCACCGUCGAGCUCACCACCUGCGACCACGGUGUCGUCGCCAAGGUCAAGCGUUGCAUCAUGGAACGCGACCUCUACCCCCGCCGCUGGGGCCUGGGCCCCGUCGCUCUUGAGAAGAAGAAGCUCAAGUCCGCCGGCAAGCUUGACAAGUUCGGCCGCACCAACGAGGCCACCCCCGCCAAGUGGAAGUCUGAGUACAAGGACUACGACGCCGUCGAGGAGGAGGAAGACAAGUCCGCUGCUGUUCCCGAGGCUACCCCCGCCCAGAAGGAGGAGGAGCCUGUCAAGGCCGAGGAGGCCGACGAGGGCGACAAGAAGAAGCGCAAGCACGACGAUGAGACUGCCGAAGAGCGUGCCGAGCGCAAGAAGAAGAAGAAGGAAAAGAAGGAGAAGAAGGAGCGCCGGAAGUCCAAGCAGGCUGAGGAGAGUGAUGACAGCGACUAG